UGCAGGAUGAAUUUGAGCUGAAGUGUUGAAGAAGAAGAGCUCAGUGUCUGUGGCUUCUGUUUGAUGGACGUCGUCGCAUCGAAAAGCAGCAUGAAAGUCAUUUCACCCGAUAAGGUACUUAAGCGUGAGCUGAGCGCUCUGAGCAAGUGCAUGCCCUCCUGGAUGGUGCAGCAGAUUUCUGAUUGCCUGUGCCGCUCACGUGCACUCACCGACUAUGAGGUGCAGGUGAUCCGGGCUGGGGCCACAGACAUGCACCAAGCUUUGCAUCUUCUGCAAACGCUCCUGCACAAGGGCCACACACAGUGUCUGCUCUUCUUCCAGUGCCUGAAUGCAUGCAGCCCCUCACUCUUUCACACCAUCACCAGAGGCUCAGUGAAAGUAACUGAUGAGGCUCACCAUCAUGUCGAAAAGUCAUACUUUUCAGAGGCAACUGGAACUGUUCCCCCAUGUAUCAUAAACAUUAACAAUUCCUCAAUGACCAGCUGUAUCAUUGGAAAUAACAACAGCUUGUGCUGUCUACGCUCUCAGACUGGUCUCAUUAACGAUGCAGUAGAGCAUACGCAGAGGAGUCAGCAUAGAGAAACAUCAGGUUCCAAAGAGGCUCAUAAUGUUCAGGUGGAGAGCUCCAAUGUAGAGUACGUCAUCAUAGGAGACAAGAACUAUAUGAACGUUGAGAGCAGUCUGGACUCCGUACAUCAGGAAGAAACGGAUAGUGUGCCGGAGGAUUUGGAGGGGUAAACAGGCUGAGAUGGCGAAGAAGGGGAACAUGGACUGUAUAUGUAGAUAUAUAUAAUAUAUAAUCUCAUGAAAAAACAUGUUGCCAAGAAACUCAGGUGAUGCUUUACACAAGCACUCGGUGUAAAACCAGUUGUGCUUAAAAAGUAUACACAUUUGUGUGACUGAUAAUCCUCAGUUCUCUAAGGUGUAGAACAGUGUAAAUGCUGCUGUUUCAUAACUGUAAUAAUAGAGAUUAUAUCCGUAUGUUAGUAUUUUUCAGUACAGGUUUUUUGUUACAAACCGAUAUAUAUUUGGUAUAUUUUGAUAAGCUAUGUGUUACUGCUGUGUUACUGCUUUUUGUGUUUUUUUAUGCUUUAC